GUCUCUGUUGUGUGACGUGGUGUGUAUAUUCAUUGCAUACUGGGUAUUGUAGUUCUUUUGGAAUAUUCACAUAUCCCAUGCAAGUGACGUCACGGUAGUUUCCUGUGUUUUGUCUGCGGGUGCUUGCUGCCAGAUCACAUACAAUACAGUAAAGAAGAAACAUAAGGAUAUCUGACAAAUUCAGUUGUGCUGAACAAGAUGAUGUCUGACAAGAAGCAAACCUCAGAACUUCCUGAUGCACAUGGAGGUAAGCAGGACGUCACGUGCAUGUCACCUGAUGCACAUGGAGGGCGUCUAGAGGAAAACCCGGGCACUGGGCUAUUAAAUGUGAAGGAAGAGGAUGAGACAAAUGACAUGAAUAGUCAUCAGACUGAAAUACAUUGGUCCCUCCCUGCCGGUGAAGAUAACGCUGAUAUAGUGAAAGUCGAGAUAAUAGAAGAUCUGUGUGUGACGCUGGGAACCCCAUAUGAAGAAGCCAGUGCCCGUAUCAGCGCACGGCAUCUAAAGGAAAACCCGGGCACUGAGCUAUUAAAUGUGAAGGAAGAGGAUGAGACAAAUGACAUGAAUAGUCAUCAGACUGAAAUACAUUGGUCUCUCCCUGCCGGCCGUAUGGAUGUGGCACCUUCAGAUGGCUCAGAGGUUGAGCACACAGGAGAACCGUAUGUGUGUGAUCACGUAAAGACUAAGGAUGAUGAAGUUCCUAUAAAUACGGCUACAGGUGAAUUUACUAACUGCAGUAAUCAUUCUCCUAGUCUUGGUGAAAAUACAGAUACUUAUUUCAAUCUUCUUCAAAAUCCAAGACGCAAUGUGGGAAAUGUAUGUUCUGAAUAUGGGACAUGUUUUUCCAGGAAUCCAAAUCUUCUAAGACUGAAAAUUCAUACAAGAGAGAAAGCAUUUUCAUGUUCUGAAUGUGGGAAAACUUUUACUGUAAAAUCAAAUCUUAAUGCACAUCAGAAAAUUCACACAGGAGAGAAAGCUUUUUCAUGUUCUGAAUGUGGGAAAUGUUUUCCUUGGAAAUCAAAGCUAAUUCAACAUCAAAAAACUCAUACAGGAGAGAAAGCAUUUUCAUGUUCUGAAUGUGGGAAAUGUUUUACCACAAAAUCAUAUCUUAUUAAACAUCAGAAAAUUCAUACAGGAGAGAAAGACUUUUCAUGUUCUGAAUGUGGGAAGUGUUUUACUUUGAAAUCAAGUCUAAUUCAACAUCAGAUAACUCAUACAGGAGAGAAAGCAUUUUCAUGUUCUGAAUGUGGGAAAUGUUUUACCAUGAAAUCAAGUCUUAUUUCACAUCAGAAAAUUCAUACAGGAGAGAAAGCUUUUUCGUGUUCUGAAUGUGGGAAAUGUUUUACCAUGAAAUCAAGUCUUAUUUUACAUCAGAUAACUCAUACAGGAGAGAAAGCAUUUUCGUGUUCUGAAUGUGGGAGAUGUUUUACUCAGAAAUCAAGUCUUAUUACACAUCAGAAAAUUCAUACAGGAGAGAAAGCAUUUUCAUGUUCUGAAUGUGGGAAAUAUUUUACCAAGAAAUCAAGUCUUAUUUCACAUCAGAUAACUCAUACAGGAGAGAAAGCUUUUUCGUGUUCUAAAUGUGGGAAAUGUUUUGCCAUGAAAUCAAGUCUUAAUACACAUCAGAUAACUCAUACAGGAGAGAAAACUUUUUCAUGUUCUGAAUGUGGGAAAUGUUUCACCUUGAAAUCAAGUCUUAUUACACAUCAGAAAAUUCAUACAGGAGAAAAAGCUUUUUCAUGUUCUGAAUGUGGGAAGUGUUUUACCAUGAAAUAUAGUCUUAUUACACAUCUGAAAAUUCAUACAGGAGAGAAAGCUUUUUCAUGUUCUGAAUGUGGUAAAUAUUUUACUCAGAAAUCAAAUCUUAUUACACAUCAGAAAAUUCAUACUGGAGAGAAUGCAUUUUCAUGUUAGGGGAAGGAUUAGUUUCACUGGUGUGGGCCCAAACUAUAGAAUUAGCUCAGGAACUCCUGAAGCUUGUUCUGUGAGAGUUUGCUACAUUAUUUUUCUCUGUUAAAAUAACCUCUGUUUAAGUAAAGAGUUUCAAAACCAA